AUGGGUGGCCAGUGCGACAAGGAUGGGGAGCCAGUGCGACAGGGAUGGGGAGCCAGUGCGGCAGGGAUGGGGAGCCAGUGUGACAGGGAUGGGGAGCCAGUCAGUGCCCAGCACCUCCUGUUCGAGGUGUUCCUGGGGGAGCUCCAACUGGCCGCCCUCGAGCUCCCAGGGGUGCAGGUGGAUGACGGCCAGUGGCAUCACAUCCUUGUGGAGCUGAAGAGCACCAAGGAUGGGAAGGACAUUCAGUACAAGGCCAUGGUGUCACUGGACUACGGAAUGUUCCAGCGGGCCGUGGGGAUCGGGAGCGAGCUUCCAGGCCUGCGGCUGAAAAGCCUGUUUGUGGGUGGAAUUCUGGGGGACAACGGGACCGUCCGUGACGGCUUCCAUGGCUGCAUGCAGGGUGUUCGUAUGGGUGAGACGGCCACCAACACGGCCAACGUGAACAUGCAGGAAGGCCUGGCGAUGGGAGUGGAGGACGGCUGCUUGCCCGCGGACCCCUGCGCCUCCCACACCUGCCCCGAGCACAGCCGCUGCAGCGACCUCUGGAACGCCUUCUCCUGCGUCUGUGAUCCAGGUGCAAGAACCGAGACUUCAUAUCUAACUCCCGACCGGUGCUCCGAAGCACCUCGAUAGACCUACCCCCCCAACAAUAAAGCCAAACUGGGGCGAUGGCAGCUGGUGUGUGGCUCGGGAGGUUAGGCCUGUGUGUCUGUCACUGGAAGGUCCCCGGUUUGAAUGCCA